AUGGGCUCUGCUUGGUCGUCUUUGGGUCCUCGCCUUGUGACACUGGGAGUGUUGGGUCUCGGGGGCCUUGCGGCUGCAGUGCUUUGGCUGAGACGUCGAGUCACCUCCCUCCCUGACAUCAGCGUGCCGGAGGCUUUGUAUACCUUGACGCGAGGGCAGGAGCGCUUCAAGAGAGCUGCUUGUGCAAGAGCACUUGGGAGCAUCAUCAAUGGGGAGGUGCAAGUCUUGGAAGAGCUGUUGGACGAGUCACAGGGGAAGCAUCCGGAGUUUGGUGGUGUUCUACCUGAUGGACGUGGUGUCCUUGCAGUCCUUCUAGAUGAGUUGACCGUGAAUGCAGAUGCUGAAACAGAGGCGUUUGCAGACCUCCUCCUUCAUUGCACGGCCUUUGAUGCAUCGUGGGAUGAGACCGACGAGUGGAACGCUCUGACUCUCCAAGUCGUUCAGCACCUCAAGGAGGACUUGAAUGCCGGCGACCGCCUCGCAACCCUUGAUCAGAGCAGUGUCAUCAGCGAAAAGGCAGCAGCGCUCCGGCGCCGCUUGCGUGGGGAGAGAACAGCCGCUGCGCCUGAAGGUUCGAAUUCGUCAGAUGUGCCCAUGAUGCUGUCUAUGAACAGCCGUGUUCAGUGUCCAGUAUGCAUGACCAUGCAGCCGGACUUGGUGCGCUGCCCUACUUGCCGCAAUGUUGGCUAUUGCAGUGUUCGACAUCUUCAAGCGGAUGCUGAGCGGCACCAGUUCUGGUGUACAAAGUGA